AUGAUUCGCUCGACGAGUACUAACAUUUCGGCAAGUUCUCAAAUGACAUCGUCAGAUAUCGCAAAUAAUACUUCGGGUUUCAAAACCGGUUUAACUUGGGAUUUAACUCCUUACGAGCAACAACGCAAACCACACGAAUUACUACAUGAUGAGGAAUUGCUCAUCAGUCCGAAAUCUCUUCAGAGUGAAUUAACUUGUCCCAUUUGUCUCGAUCUACUGCGCAACACUCGUACCACAAAAGAAUGCUUACAUCGGUUCUGCUGCGAUUGUAUCGAAACAGCAUUGCGUAGCGGAAAUAAAGAAUGUCCAACAUGUCGGAAGAAACUAAUUUCCAAACGUUGUUUACGUCGAGAUCAAAAUAUCGAUGCCUUGAUCUCGAAAUUAUUUCCUGUGCGUAACGAUAACGAUGAAUUAAUUUUAACCAAUCGAAGUAAAUACUCGAAAAAGCCAAUACGCGCCAGUUUAUCGUCUGACGAUGAACAUCAUACCAAAGACAAGAAGAAGAAGCGCAUUUCAGAAUCCUCAUCGUCAGCUGGUUCGACCCCAACAAUCAACGACAUCGAAUUACAGUUAAAACCAAUGAACAAUCAGCAGUUAUUUACGACAAGGAAAAUCCUUACACCCUUAAAUGCCUCAAUCAAUCACUUGUCCAAAUUCAUCAAUACACGAAUGAAACUUGAACAACAGAACUCGUCUUACAUCGAGCAAGAAUUUCAAUGGUUCAUUAACCUCAACGAUGAUAUUCCUGUCGAAAAUACGCUGACAUUAGAACGAUUGUUAGAACAAUAUUGGAGCAAUAUGCCGAAACCAUACAAUAUUUUUUAUCGAUCAAUUUCUCAUUGA